UUAAAAACAGAUUAAAUGCAGAGGCUUUGAAAAGUAGCAGUGGCACACAUCUUGAGGUGCAAAGAAGUGAAGCGGGCUGUCAGCAGGGCAGGGAGCUCCCACACAGCCAGCCAGGAGAAUGAAGCUCCCAAUCUUCAUAGUAGAUGCAUUCACAGCGACAGCUUUCCGGGGCAAUCCUGCCGCAGUCUGCCUUCUGGAGAGCGCAUUGGAUGACAAUGUGCAUCAGCAGAUUGCGAGGGAAAUGAACCUCUCCGAAACCGCUUUCAUCCGAAAACUGCAACCGACUGAUGACUUCACACAAAGCUCCCGUUUUGGACUGAGGUGGUUUACCCCAGAGACUGAGUUCCCCUUGUGUGGUCACGCCACGCUGGCUUCUGCGGCUGUGCUGUUUCAAAAAAGAAAGAACACGAACAGCACCCUGACCUUUGUCACGAUGAGCGGGGAGCUAAAGGCCAGAAGAGCAGAAGACGGGAUUGUCCUGGACUUUCCUCUCUACCCAGCCUGCCCCCAGGACUUCCAUGAAGUUGAAGACUUGAUAAAGGCAGCCAUAGGUGACACCCUGGUCCAGGACAUCCGAUACUCUCCAGACACCAAAAACCUCCUGGUCCGGCUCAGCGAUUCUUAUGACAGGUCCUUUCUAGAGAGCCUGAAGGUGAACACCGAGUCUCUGCCUGGAACUGAGAAGACAGGGAAGGUGAGAGGCCUCAUCCUCACUCUCAAAGGAGAGCAUGGGGGGCAGACGGCCCCGUAUGACUUCUACUCCAGAUACUUUGCGCCAUGGGUUGGUGUGGCUGAAGACCCUGUAACAGGGUCCACCCACACUGUUCUUGGCCCCUACUGGUCUGAGGAGCUGGGGAAGAAGGAAAUGCGAGCCUUUCAGUGUUCCCGCCGAGGAGGGGAGCUGGUCAUUUCCCUGAGGCCUGAUGGACGAGUUGACUUGAAGGGCGGAGCUGCUAUUGUCUUGGAGGGCACGCUGACAGCCUAGAGAUGCUUAUGCUGGGCUUGGCCACUGCUCAACAAGGAGUCUUCUCUAUAGCCAAGAGCCCAACCCAACCCAACCCAACCCAACCCAACCCAACCUAACCCAAUGGCAAACUCACAGAACUUGGCCCAGCAAGCCUGCAGAAUGGUGCCCUCGGUCCUCGUGUGAACAGAAAGGGGAAGAAAGACAUCUGAUGGAGGUGUGGUAGUGUCUCCAGAAUCCUUUCCUGAUGGUGGGCUCUGGGCUCUGCCUGUGUGUGCAUCUUCUGUCCCCACAGAAGACACAAUGCUGUCCCUUCUUUUGAUUAUGACUGCCAAUCAAAGUGAGAGAUGAAUUGAUAAGGAAUGAGAAGGAAUUUAGACUUAGGUGUGGGGGCCUUAUAGAAGAUUUAUUUUCUGAGACAGCAUUUCUCUGUGUAGCCCUGGCUGUCCUGGAACUCUGUAGACCAGGCUGCCCUCUAACUCACAGAGAUCAGCCUGUCUCUGCCUCUAGCAUGUUGGAUUAAAGGCAUGUGUCACUAUCAAAUGGUUUCUGGUAAAUUUUACAAAUGUGUGUGUGUGUGUGUGUGUGUGUGUGUGUGAUUUUAAUUUAAAGACAGAGUCUUAAUGUAUAGCUCUGGCUGGGAAGAAACUAGGCUAACCUCCAACUUGACACCUGCCUGCCUCUGCCUCUCAAGUGGUGUGAGCCCUCAUGGCCAGACUCACAGUCUUUUCAACAGACCCAGUAACUCUGUGGAGAUGCAGACCUAACACUAAAGAGAGUAGACUGUAAAGGGUCCCAGAGGCUUCACUAUGGCUGUGUGGAGUAUGGAGGGACUUGGUUGUGAAGACAGCUAGGGGAGACAGUUCCUAUUGCAGGAUUCAGAGAAACCUUGGGGUUUAGGAAACAAAUCCUUUGCAUUUUGAACUCGGCCAGAGGUAAUGAUCAGGACAGCCCCAGGAGAUUACCACAGUGUGCAUUUGAUUUGGUGAUGUGAUGAUAAAAAUACACACUCAGAGAGUGUGAUAUGAAAUCUUUCCCUUCUGUGUGGCUUCGAAUGGCAGUGUCAAUGUCUUCUCUUGUUUAAUA